GAAUUUUCAUAUGAAAUUAUAGCUCACGACCUGAUUCACACAGUUUCCCCCACGAUUUCAGCACGUCUUAUAAUGAUGCAAUAACGAGCAAAUAUCUAAUAGGAUUAGUAUUAUUUCCAGUGACCAUAUAUUUAAAAAAAAAAAGAGAGAGAGAAGAAGAAGAAGCUCGUCUGGACUGAAACAAACGGCGCCUUUUCGUGGGCCAAAUGUUCUGCUGGCCUCCCACCGGCGGCCCGGGCUCCCAUCAGCUGUUCGGAGGGACGGCCCGGAGGCAGAAAUGAUGUAAUCAGGCAGAGAGGCAGAGCCAGAGCUGGGUCCGUCUCCGCUCCAGAGCCCGCCUCAUGGAGCCGGUGAACGAGGGAGCAGCUCGGCGCCGCGGGGUCUUUGCUUGAGCCGCUCGUCCUUUUUUCUCCUCGCGGGGGCAGAGACGGUGAUUCUGGACGCGCUCCGGCUCCGGCACCGACCCGGAGAUGCUCGCUGGUGAAAUCCCUUCCCCGUGAUACAGCGGGGCCGCGCGGGCCAGCAGCCCCUCUCCCUCUCCCGCACCUGCUGCGGCGUCGGCCGAGCGGGAGAUGCUCCCAUCGCCGCUUCCUUCUGUCGACAACAUCAGGCCUCCUCGCCCACGAUGAUGACAGCAGGGCGCGUGCAGGCCCCCUGUGUGUGUGUGCGUGUGUGUGUUGUUUUGUUUUCACUCCUCGUACGAAUCACAGAAUCGGCUCUGAUCCGAUGUACUAAGAAGAACUAGUCGCCGUUGUUUUUUUUUUCAAUUAUUAUUUUUAUUUUAUUUUGCUUAAUCACAUCUCUAUACUGCCGGGAUCGAUUUUCUUUUGCGUGUGUUUUUCCCCCCACUGACCUCCGGAGAUGAUCGCGGUGUCCGUGCAGUAGCGGUUCCUCAGCCGGUGGGUGGCUGAGUGGAGGGCGGGGGGAUGAGCUGAAGCCUAUCCGCAGCAGUCCGCCGUGAGCCCCGGUGACUUUACAGGAGCGUGGAGGGGGGACUGGGGGGAGCGGGGGAGGGCAUGAAGGGGUGUGUGGUGCUGACCGUCUGAUAAAGCGUGGGGUCAAGGAUCGCUUGUCCUCCCAGCUCAGGUUUGAACCAUGGCCAAUGAACCUGUGAUCCUUAACGUGUAUGACAUGUACUGGAUAAACGAAUACACCUCCAAUCUGGGCAUUGGAGUCUUCCACUCAGGCAUCGAGAUUUAUGGCAGAGAGUUUGCGUACGGCGGUCACCCCUACCCUUUCAGCGGCAUCUUUGAAAUCAACCCCGGCAACGCCGCGGAGCUGGGAGAGACCUUCAAAUUCAAGGAGGCCAUUGUUUUGGGCACCACGGACUUCACAGAGGAGGACAUAGAUAAAAUCAUGGAGGAGCUCGGUAAAGAGUUCAAAGGGAACGCCUACCACCUGAUGCACAAAAACUGCAACCACUUCUCCUCCUCGCUGUCUGAGUUGCUGUGUGGAAGAGAAAUCCCCCGCUGGGUCAACAGACUGGCUUACUUCAGCUCCUGCAUCCCCUUUCUUCAGAGCUGCCUACCCAAAGAGUGGCUGACCCCGGCCGCUCUGCAGAGCCACAUCAGCCUCGGCCUCCACAAGGAGGAGCAGAAUGACUCGAGCGACGAGGACCCCACGUCGCCGUCCGGCGCGGCCGCCGCCGGCUCGGGUUCCUCCCACAGCUGUCGCCACACCCGGGUGUGACCCGACCGGCUCGCUCGCCCGCCGACCUCUGGACCCUCGCCGUUGUUGCAGGAGGCUUCAGUUGGCUUUGAACAACCAACUGACCUCGUACUGUUUGGCCUCUGAAUGAAAAGAGACUGGAAGCGUGAGCUUGCUUCUUGGUGCGGGAACUGUUGACGGACUCUUCGAACCUGGAGACUCCUUGACGGAAAGACUGGAAGGAAACUCUGAGACCUCGAAGGGUCGGUUCUGACUCCAGCCGUACACACUUGUAGAUCCGACAUUUGUAGUGUAACAUUCUUAGUCUUUUCCACAAAAAUUCAACAAAAAACCUUUGUCAGCCUUGUUUCCUGCCCUGCCUUUCGAAGCUGCUUUUGUAGAAAAAAACUCAAACUUUCUAGGUAGUAACAGUACCAGGAAACUGCUAAUCUCCACAAGUUCAGCAAGUCCUCGUUUAAUAACCUCUAUGUGGCCUUCAGAUGAUAUCGCUGAUUCCAGUUUCUUAAGGUGUGACUAUUCUGUGGCCAUUUCAGAGGAUGAACAGGUCAGUUUUGGGUGGGAGUUGAUUGGGGUUGAUAUUUCUUUAAAGAGAGAAAACGUUGCAUGUUGAGACAAUGUCAUAAGUUAGACCGCUAACCGGAGAUGGGAAGGAACGACGCAGUGCUUGACCUCUUACAGAUUUUGUUUUGUUUUAAAUUUUAAUAUCAGAGAGAGAUAACCCAAAUAGGUAAAAAAGAAAAGUCUUUUUUUUAAUUAUUCCCUUUCUGAAGUGACAAAAGUUACCCAAACCAACCUGACAGCAGAUGAAAAUAGGAAUGUCCACUGUAGUUUCAGUAGUUACAUUCUCAUUCUCAGACAUGUUUAAGUCCCUUCAACCAAACCUGCCUGACAACUCGAAGUAGGCUAAAAGCUCACAGAAAGCAACUGAGUAUUCUCAAAUUUAAAGAAAUUCAAAAAAUUUGCACUUCAGAGAAGCGCAAUGAGUGCAAUUAACUACAAGUGGAGAAAACUUGAAUUGAUAGAAAAUCUUCUAGUGGUGCUGACUGACUGGAAACAAUCCUGCAAAGAAGGGAGGGUUAAAACUAAUCUACAAAGACGUAAAGGUCUCUUUGCGGUUGCUGCAAAUGCUUGGCGGAAGAUGUCGCCACCAAAGAGUGGAGGGCGAUCAGUUGCUUUAAACAGCCUUUUUGAUUGAAUGCGUAAUGGAAAACGCAAAAGUAAACAGAAGAAAUCUGUGAGCUGGCAAAUACUUUUUACCCCCGUCGAGUCGUCAUGUAAAACCUCCUCAUGAUCUUCUUGUAGAGGAAAAUCUCUUCACUGGGAAUUGCAGCGUGAAUAAGCCAUUAGCCGAGUAACCAGUUUCUUAACGGUUGCACACAAUCAAGAGUUGAGCGUUUCGGCUGAAACAGCUGCUGUUCAGCGAGCCUCAGGCAGCUCGGUCACUGACUCUGACCGUCUCAGAGAAAAGGUUCUAUCUAGCCGCUGCUCUCUCAGUUACCGACUCUGUGACCUAGCGCAGUUUUUCUGACUACUCUUUUAUAUCCAAGUGAUCUUUGUACUGUUAACAUCUUUUCCAGCCAGAAUCAGCUGAGCCCAACCAAUUCCCCCCUCUCCCCCCCACUUUUUCAUCAUUAGAACCACAGAGACAGAGGUGCUGCGAUAAAGAGGAGCAGAAAUCUGUCCUUUCCAUUCCGUCAAGAGUCCGACAUGUCGUGUGUGCAGUUUCUGUGAGUUCGGCUUAGCAUUGAGAUUGGCCCCUUCGUAGGUCACAGCUCAGCCCCGCUGUACUGACUUCUUAAACUGGUGGCAAAACGACAAAUCCGGAUUGGUGUUGAGAGAUUACGUGCUGAACUGUUUCUCGCUUUAGCACCAGCUGCACGGAAAGAGACGUUCCUGGAAUGUCUCUGGGUAUAAACACAUAAUAAUCGUCUAAACAAAAAAAAAAAAAAAAAAAAAAGAUGCAUUGCUUUGCCAUUUGAUUUGUUUUUUGUUUUUGUUGAUGAUUAUGCAAGCCACAUGUCGGAGGUGCUGGGAAGAAGAUUUUAAUACCCUGGGACACCUCUGCCUGCUUUCCAACUCUGUUUCUCAAAAAGUGAGACAACGUAAAAAAUUCAACCAAGAGCAGAACGAGCCCAGAGGCUUACAGCGAAGGAAAUGGUGACGAACUGAAAUGCAUGUUAGGCCGAUUUGCAUUUUCACAGCAAACGUUUGGGAAGUGCAGUAAAUGUUGUGUGUAGUUUGGAGCAUGUGCUGAUUUAAUAAGUCGUGACGUCAGCAAGGUGGAAAGUAAUCAUGUUUUUCCGGACUCCCAAAAUCUGCACCGAAAACAGAUUUAUAGGAACAGUGCAAAAGUAUUCUUACCACUUAAGGUUUUCCAUAUUUUUGUCAUGUUACAGCCGCAAUCUUCAAUGAAUUUUAAUGGGAUUUCACAGGUUAGAUCAAAACAAAGUAGUGAAGUGAGAGGAAAAUACUACAGCAAAUGUUUUUUUUUUGUAGCUUUGUAAAAAAACUAUUUGAAAGUUUUGCCAUGCAUUUGAUACAACCUUUUGUUGCAAAAAUAGUUGGAACUCUUCACCUCUUCUCCUUUAGAAUACAAAUGUACUGAAUUUCAUUCACGCUUACCUGCGUAAAAGGGGCUGAACACAAAUGAAUGCUACACUUUUCAGGUUUUUAUUUGUGAAAUUUCUUCUUUAAAAUGCCACAAUUUCCAUUAGUUUCACUGUCGUGGCGUAGUUUUACUGGUCUGUCGGGUUAAACCCCAGUGAAAUUCAUUGACGUUUGUGGUUAAAAUGUGAAAACUGAGAAAAGCUCAUGGAGUAUGAAAACUUUUCCUAGGAACUUUACCUCUUUUCUUUAGCAGGGAAGAAGAUGCAGCAUAUAUGGUCCGACCCAAAGAAUUGUCAGAAUAAAAGAUUUCUGGUUUACAGCCUGAGGACUACUUAAGGUUUUCACACCUUAGUCUUUGUAUUUCCAUAUUUCCCCAAAUCCUUUAAACAUAUUUUGUUCUCUGGAUCUGAACAUCAACCGUCUCCUGGAAAAACUGUACACAUGGCUGGUAUUUUUUUAAUUUUAUUUAUUUACCUGUUUUUAGGUAAAUUAGUCACACUUUUACACAUUUCUCACAAUUUUGCUUCCUGUGUGUACCGUUUCUCUCCCCAAGCUUUUUGAAAUGUCACACCUCAUUUAAAAUGAACAUGUUUAAUACGAUUCAUUUUGAUCACUUGGCAUGACAUGUCACACGUUCAGUAGGAUUUUUGUGUUGGCCCCUAUGCGUCCCUGUGUCUGCAUCACAGAAAUUUUCCCCAAAGUUUAUCUCUGUCGCAAGAACGACAGAUUUCUGCAAAGAGAGUCAAUCGUCACGUUUUGCAGCACUCCAGUCAUGAUUGAGCUCAAAAGGCAUGACGGCAGAUGAGCUUGAACGACUGCGGUGGUCUGCAGUGAAUCCGGCUUGCGUUGGUUUUGACCUGGCUGGCACAAGGUUGCACGAUUUGAAUCACUUUUCCUGGUAGAGCCGUUUUGUUGUGCAGCCGCCCCUCUCUCAGGAAGGAAAUCACAUGGCUUCUGGAACAACUGGCUGAAUCCCACAGGGGAUGGGCUUAAAAGUGCAGAUCAGUCGUUUAACUUCUUCAUGCUGCUGAGUAAGCUGUAUCCUCAUUCACUGACAUGCUUUUGUCUUAUUUUAUUUCCAUCCCCUGGCCAGUUUAUUGUGUUGCAACCUUCAGUGUUGUUAUUUUGGGGAUUUUGUGAAACUGUACAGUGGUUCAGUGUUAAAUCCUGGAAUCUCUUUCGACACAGCAGCCCAGAGAGGAGAUUUUUUUUUUUGAAUUAUUAUUAUUUUUAUUUGAUUGUGUCUGUUGAAAAAAAUUGUAUUUCCUUCUCCUAACUCCAUAAAUUCCCCAAAUGAUGAUAAUUCUAGAAUAAAGAGAUUGACUUCAA